AUGAGCUCGCUGGAGGCGCUGCGCAACACAGAUGGGGUGAUUUUUUCCUUGACUGAUGCUGACCAAGCCGUAAGUCUGCUCGUUAGUCUCGGAGACGGUCACUUUGGUUAUGGCUUACGUAACGGAACUAUUGGCGUGUACAAUCGAUACAAUCGUUUAUGGCGAAUCAAGUCCAAACCAAUUCCGGUGUGUUUUGCUUCGUAUGAUAUCAAUCAAGAUGGUCAUCAGGAACUGAUAUGCGGCUGGGACAAUGGGAAGAUUUCGAUUCACAUUACUCAAAUCAUGUUUCGUCCUAUUCAAUUCAGCCAGUACAAAAUGUAA